CAAUAUAGCGGGAAAUAUCAAUAACACAGAAAAUUGACAUUGUUUUCAUAAAAAAAUAGAAUACACUUUAAUAAUUUUAUAUUUAACCCAGUACAUUUUAGAUGGUCCUUUGAUCAAUGAAAUAUGGUCGGAGUUAUAAUAGAGGAAAGAGGAGAACAUGAGGCAAGUAAAACAAGUGAUGUAAAAGGUGAUUGUGAUUUUAAUGAUAAAACAGAUAGUGGAAUGGAUGAUGAAUCAGUUAAAACUGACAGUCCUUUAGCUGCAGAUUCUGAUAGUGAGGAUGAAGUUAUUGUCACCAAGAAACCAAAGAAAAAGAUGAUUAUGGAAGAUAGUGAUGAUGAAGAUGAUGACAGCAAUAAGAAAACAGAAAGUUUGAAAGAUAAUGAUGAGGAAAAUAGUAAUGAUACAGAGAAAUUUAGAAAGACCAAGAGUGCUAAUGAAGUUCUAGAUGAAGUGAUGAAUGAUAUAAACAAUAGUGAUACUGUUGAGAGUGAAUCUGAAACGGAUCUAAAUACGGAAGUCAAGGCUUCAGAAGAUAUAACAGAUAGAAAAUCAGAGAAACUGGUGUUUGAUAGUGAUAUAUUUGAUGCUGAAGAAAGUAGUGAUGAUGAAAAGGAUAAGAAAGAAAAUGAUAGUAAUUCAGAAUCAAGUGAUGGAGAACAAGAUCAAGGUGAUGAAGGAUUUGAUGAAGACAAUUUAGAUCCCAAAUUAUUGGCUAAGUUAAAGAAAUUAAAGGGAGCUGGUAAACAACUAACACGUGAAAGUAAGCAAAGAAAAGCUAAAGAUGCAGCAUUAAGUAUACAUAGUGAAUCACAGAGAAUAUUACGAGAAUCUGGUGUUAAUUUACCGUAUCACCAACCUGCUCCCAAAUCAUUAAAUGAUUUUUUGGCAAGAGCCAGUAAGAAACAAGCUCAAUACAAAUGUUUAAAAAGUAUUAGAGACAACAAAAAUGCUAAAGUUAUUGAAGAAACAUUAUCAGAGAAAAAAGAACCUGUCACCACACAGAUGUCACCUAAACCAUCGUCUAGUAAAAUAAACACUUCAUUUGAUGAUUUAUCUAUUACUGAAACUUCUAACAAAAGUGAACAAAAAACUGAACAAACGACUGUUAAUCCUUCUGAAGCAAGUGAAACUCUUUUAACAUUUGAUAGUGGAGAUGAACUUCCUGACAUUUCAGGAGAAUUACCAAUUAAACCUAUUAGAAAAACAUCAGAUGCUGUAAGCCCAAAGUUAAUCUCAAACUCUAAUCUAGAAACAACAGAUAUGACAAAUAGUGCUAUCAUUGACAAAAAUACUAAUAAUGUGGACAGUAUGGAUUUUUCAUCAGACUGUCUUAAAGAUGACAGUGAUGAUGAGGUUGAUAAGGUCACAAAAUCAUCUACAAAAAAAGAGUGCUCAGAAGAAAAUGUGAUUUCAAAUACAGAAUCGAACAAUGUGGUUUCUAAAACUCCUAAACAGUUGAUAUUGUCUCGCUUAAAUCUAAGUAUGGAAGACAUGCCCAAACUUAGUGGGGAUACUGACUCCAUUAUUGUUUUUGAAGAAGAAAAUGUUACGCCUAAAAAUCCAGAAUUGUGUAAAUUUAUGGAUCGGUUCAUGGAACAUUCAAAGAAAAAAAAGAAAAUUAAAUCUAAAGAUGUUGAUAUCAGUAUUAUACAGAAAGAAAGUGAUGGUAUUAAUAAAGAAGAAUUAAAAUUAAAUUCAUUCACAUAUCAUAUAGAGGAAGAAGAACCUGUAACGCCUGAUUGUGAAGUACCAGGAGCCAAACUUCUGUCCUUAAAAGAAAAGUUACAAGCAGCUAUGAAAGUAAAAAGAGAAGAAUCCCGCCAGAAGAGACAAGAGAUGUAUGCUUUAGAGAAUGAAGAAGGUUUUGAUGUUAGUGGUGAUGAAGAAGCUAUUUUAGAUGAUGAUGCUGAGAUGACAGAUGGUUCGGAUACUGAUGUAGAAGAUGAUGAGUUUGAUAAACAGUUUGGUGAUGCAGAGUUUGAUGAUGAGGAACAGGUAGAGAAUCCUUUUGCUGAUGAUGAGGCUGAAGAAGACAAUGAUGACGGUGGGGAAGAAACAAUGAAAUUACAACUUGAUACAUCAGAUGAAGAAGAUGAUGAACCGAUAAAGACAUACAGAUCACAAAAAAUUGCUGUUAUUAGUGAUGAAGAAGAAAGUAGAGAUGCUGGUAUUCAAAAUAUUGAUCCCAAUGAUGAUGAUGAUAAUGAAGAUGUAGAGGCUGCAGAACUUUCUCCUCUUUCUAAACAUCUCAAUAGUCAUACACCUAAAGUUAGUCGUAUGCGUAGUUUAACUAUGCCUAUAGAGAAUACCCAGGAUCUAUAUGAUGAUACACAAGAUAUUUAUCCUACUGAUACACAGCCAUCUCAAAGUUUAAAUUUUCUACUAGAAGAUUCACAAUCACAGAUGUUAGAUGCUGAUGGAUUUUUGAAAGUUCGAUCUUCAUCUAAGCAAGCUACAAGACGAUCUCUGGGUGUAGAAGACGAUAUACCUAAUAAUACACAGGACAAUAUGGAUGAAUUGUUAGGUUUAUGUUCCGGAAGAUUUGCAGCUACACAAAAUAAUAAAACAUCAAGUAAAAGUUUAUUUGAUAAUGAUGUACAGCCAACACAAGAUGGUGGUAAUAUGGAUGAAUUACUAGGAUUGUGCUCCGGUGUUUUUGCUGCAACUGGUGUAGAAAAAAGUCAAGGAACUAAAAGGAAACUGGAAGAUGAUGAUGAUGAUGAUGAUGAAGAUAGUAAUAUGUCACUAAAACUAUUAUCUGAAGAUGAAGAUGAUGAUAUAAAAAAACCUGAUGAAGGAUCUGAUAAGGAUGUUAAUAAUGAUGGUGAUAGUAAGAAGAUGGAAAACAAUAGUGAUUCAGAUGAAGAUGUUUCAAAUAUUAUAAUUAAAUCAAAGAAAAAGAAAGGAUUCAAGAAUAAAUUUGGUAAAUUACGGGCUGAGUUUGUAGAUGAAGAAGCCGAGUUAUCAGGUAGUGAAUAUGAAAGUGAUGAAGAUUUAGAUAUUGAUGAAGAUGACGAUAUAUUGAUGGAAGAAGAAGGAGAUAAAGAUAAUCCUAUUAAUGAAACAGAACUAAGAGAUCAAGUUGGACGAGCUCACUUGAAACAAGUAAUAGAUGAAGAUAAAAGAGAGUUAAUGAGAUUUCAAGAGAUGUAUUUACCUGAUGGUGAUUUACAUACAGAAGGUGCUGGUAGAAUGAGACGUUUUCGCUGGAGUAAUAUGGAUGAUGAAUCACAACAAGAUAUGUUUGGUCAAGAUUCUGAUGCAGAAGGAGAAGAUGGUGAUGAAGAAGCAACAGAAGAAUUAAAAUGGAGAAUGGAAAGAUUUAAAAGAGAAAAAUUCCUUGAAGAACAAAAGGAAAAUGAAGAAAAAGUUGAAGAGGAAAGUCAAGGAGAAGAAAGUCAGAUAAUGAAGUUUGGAAAAUGUUUUCUACAGAAAAAAGAUCCAGUUGGUAGUAAAAAUCCUCUACAGAAAUCAGUAUCAUUACCAGUUAAUAGUAGUAAAACAAUAGAACCAACUUUUGUUAAACCUAGUCUAAAGAGUACCAAGAGAGGUUCAUUCUUGAAUCGAAGUAAAGAAGCUCUCGCUAAAAUUGCUAUUCAUACCAAAGCUAAGAUGAAUCCUAAUGCUACAAAACAUUCUCGGAAUUUUGUCUUUCAAGUUAUAUCACCAGAGAAAGAUAAACCAGAGCCACAACUACCACUACCCAAAACAACACCAAAAUCUGUAGUGAAGAAACCACCAGCUAAAAGACAAAAGUUAGCCAGUAAACCUACUAAAAACAAUACAUCUAGCAUCUUUAAACUAUUAGAAAAAUAAAUAUUUUGUUUCAAGAUAAAGUACUUAUAAAAAAAAAAUAAAAAAAAUAAAAAAUAUCCGAAUUUCUAAUAAGUAUCUUAAUUUACCUUUAAACUAUUUGGGAAAAAAAGCUGAGAUAAUUAUUUAAAUAUUUAAUAUAAGUUCUUUCUUUUCAACUUGUAUUUAUGUAUAAAUAUUAAA